ACCAACCAUUACAUGCCACCACCCCUAGCCGUUCUAAAAUUGAAAUUAGGACUUUCUAUUGGCUUGGUGGUUAUUUAGUCUCAAAGUUACUAGGAUACCGCCCAGCUGGGCAGAUGAAUUCACGAUUAACUCGGCUCUGUGUUCGAAGAAAUUCGUGAUUUGCAUUUGUUUAAAUACUCUGCUCCGGCCUGGACUGAAGGGAACGGACGAGAACCGACAAAACGGGCCCAAUUGCCUCGUCAUAAGCUACCGACCAGUCGAGUCAGAGAGACAUGCGGUUGCUUGCGACUGGCAGAAUGCUGAGGUUGGCCUCUAAGCAGACCCAUUCCACGGCAAGGACCACAGGGUAUUAUUACAACCCGUCGCGGAGUCAAUUGGCUCCCCUCGUCACCUCAAGGUCUAGCAGCUCAAGAACAACGGGAGGAGAAGCAGCAGCAGCAGUAGCGUCAGGCUCAGCCUCGGGGGAAGCUCUAGCGGAAUCGAGAUCUCAGUCUGAUAGCCAGAUAUCACCAGUCCAGAUACUCCAGGGGCGCAUCAAAGACGGUGACAGAACCCACCUGGUCGACGAGUGGACAAACACACCGAGAAGCAUCCUGUCGCAUAUCGGACGCCGCCUCUAUCUCAAUAAAAACCAUCCUCUUGCGAUUACACGGCAGCUUAUAGAGAGCCAAUUCACCGGCCCAGAGUUUGGCAAUUAUGCUGAAGCAAACCCUAUCGUCUCGACGACGCAGAACUUCGAUGUCCUCGGGUUCCCUACAGAUCACCCUGGGCGGAGUAGGACGGAUACAUACUACGUGAACAAAUCUACGGUUUUGAGGACGCAUACGAGUGCUCACCAGCACUCUUACUUCCAGCGCAUGGGUUUAAACGAGAAAACACGGCCAGACGAGGAGGGGUAUACUGUAGUCGCAGAUGUUUACAGACGCGAUGCUAUUGACAGAAGCCAUUAUCCAGUCUUCCACCAAAUGGAGGGGGCAAGAUUAUGGCAGCGCCCCCAAAAAGACCCCUUGAAAUACUCAGCUCAAACCGCAGAGGCCAUCAUGAAAGACGCCGAUAAAAUCCCCACUCACGACGUUAAAGUCGAAGAUCUAAACCCAACAAUACACCCGCAAAGAAACCCCCUGCAAGCAGCCCACCUCAGCGUCGAGGAGACAGAAGCAAUCGCAGCCCACCUCAAACGCUCUCUCGAACGUCUCGUCGUUAAAAUCUUCUCCGCUGCCCGCGAAGGAACUCCCGAAUCCUCCCACGCGGACCAGGAACCCCUCAAAGUCCGCUGGGUCGAAGCCUACUUCCCCUUCACCAGCCCCUCCUGGGAACUCGAGGUGUUUUGGCAAGGCGACUGGCUCGAAGUCCUCGGCUGCGGCGUCGUUAAACAAGAGCUCCUCAUCUCCUCCGACGUCCCGCACCGCGUCGGCUGGGCGUUCGGCCUCGGCCUUGAACGCAUCGCCAUGCUCCUCUUCAACAUCCCGGACAUCCGCCUCUUCUGGUCCGAGGAUCCGCGCUUCCUCUCCCAAUUCCAAGCGGGCAAAAUCACCCGCUUCGUCCCCUUCUCAAAACACCCUGCGUGCUACAAGGAUGUUGCCUUUUGGCUACCACCUUCAGCCGCAACUGCUGCAGGCGGCCGCACACUGUUCCAUGAAAAUGAUAUGAUGGAAAUUGUGCGUGAUGUUGCUGGCAAUCUGGUGGAGGAUGUGCAACUUGUGGAUGAGUUUAUGCAACCGAAGACCGGGCGGAAGAGUUUGUGCUAUCGGGUUAAUUAUCGGAGUUUAGAGAGGACGCUGACGAACGACGAGACGAAUAAGUUGCAUGAAAGGGUGAGGCAGGAGUUGGUGGAGAGGGCUGGUGUGGAGAUUAGAUGAUCAUGGUGAUAGAUUUACUGUACAAUAUAUCUGCGUAUAUUUUGUUUUUAUUUAACCUACAAUAUCUUGUAUUUUUAAAAAAAUAUGCUCUCUGGCUCAUAGUUUGCUGGAUGAUAACAAUUUUUGCUCCUUCUCACCUUUUCCAACGUACAUUACAGCAAUAGACGUCGCACCGUUUUGUUAAUAAAGGGUGGUGAUGCUUCUG